AUGCGGGCGCAGCUUCUGUACUCGCUCCCUGCUCUACUGCUCUCCACCCUUGCAACCGCAAACACAGAGAUGGCCUCCGGAAGCGGCGAGGUCAGCAAUGUCUAUGAUUCGGUCCUGAAGGGCUUCGCGGCUCAGAUCCCGGACUCGUAUCUGACUCAAUUGCAAGCAUUCCAAGCCGAGGCUGGCUCGGUCAUUGAUUACAUCGAACCUGACGGCAUCGUCACCACUCAGUGAUCUUGCUUCAUAUCUGCACGACCGUAUGAACGCAAACACUAUGUAUAUCGUCCAUGUAUCACAAGAAAGAAAGGAUAUCUGUA